AAAAAAAAAACUUGAGAAGUUCAAAUAAUUUGAAGGUAAACUGGUGUGAGUGAGAUUGCAGAGAACGAACAGAGGGUUUCAUCUCGACAAUGUCAGAAAUGGAUGAAGAAGCACCAGACGUUCUAUGCGAACUGGAAAACGUACAAGGCUUAGUCGACGCUUUAACCGCCGUUCGAUGGAAGCGCCACCAAGACGCCGUCAUAGAAUUAUCCGAACACGGCAUCGUUUUAAUCGUUGAAGAAAGUGGUUGCCUUCAAGCAAAGGUUUAUCUCAAAAAAGAGCUAUUUGUUCGAUAUGAUUACAAUGCAGAAGGACGACCUCGUUUUGGUGUGAGUUUAGGGCUUUUUGUUGAUUGUUUGAACGCAUUCUCGGUUCCCGGUCAUUCUGGUGUUAUUCAGAUUCAGUAUCCUGGUCCUGAUAUGCAGCUUCUCCUCAAAUCUGUAGAUUCGCUGGAUGCCAGUAUUUGUGCAGAGAUCAGAACAAGGAUUCCUGAUACCGUUGCAUGGGACUACAAUUUUGAACCUGCUGGGACUAACCCUUUAACCUUUACUGUUAAGUCUGCAGCACUAAAGGAAGCUAUUGAGGAUCUUGAAUGGCCUGGAUCAAGCAUCCAGAUAACUAUGGAGCCAGAUCCUCCUUCUGUUACGUUGAGAGCUGAAGGACAUGGGGACCUGCAGAUAGAUUUCAUGUAUUGUGCGAAUUCCGAACUCUUGAUAGCAUUUCAGUGUGAUCACCGAGCUUCUUUCAAGUACAAAUAUAAGUUCCUUAGAGCAUCAACUUCUAAUAUGCCUAGUAGUGUUAUUAAAGAAAAUAGAGCAAGCAAGUUAAGCAUUGGGAGAGGUGGAAUGUUAAAAGUGCAGCAUCUGGUUUCAAUUUCCAAACCUACCUCGCACCCUUAUGUGGAUUCUGCCGGCUAUCAACAACCUGGUCGAAUAGCUCAUAUUGAAUUCUUUGUGAAGCCUGAGGAAAGUGAAGACUAAACGAAUUGUUAUUAUUAGGUAGAAUCACGGAAAAUGUGUUCCUUAUAAAUUUCCUUACAUUGCUUUUCAAACCAAAUCUGAAAAGAAUGGUAUAAACAGAGUAGCAUUACAGAAAUGCAGAGAUAAAAGAUGUAUAUUUGAUAAGACAAAGUACAUACUCAGGAUGAAAUUGGGAUGUCUGUGAUCCACACGCCUCGUGUGAUUGCCAGAUAAUCCCGGGAAAUAGGAAAUAUGUGUUUAAAUGAUGUAUUUCGCUGUAGUUAGACCACUACAUUGACAGGAAGUAGAUUAUGAAUUAAAUGAGUUGUCGAAUUGUCUGUUUAUGUUCUA